UUCAAGGUAUUUGCAACCUGGGUGGUUCUUGCUACAAGUACACUCAUCUCACUAUCCACUCAGAGUUGUAUAACCAAGUGGUUUGACCGUGAUGACCCAAAUGGAAAUGGAGACUAUGAGCUGUUGGCUGACCUUCUCAGUACAAACCCUGGAGAAAUAUGUCCGAGUCCAAUCGCAAUAGAGGCUCAGACCAUCUCUGGUCAACCAGCAUCUCAAAUCUUUCAAGUAUAUAAUCCGACAAGUGGGUUUGCUUGUGUAAACGCAAACCAAGCAGGAGUGCUAUGUGCUGAUUAUAAGGUGCGCUUCACCUGCCCAGAGGAUUGGUGUUCAAAAUGUAGGACACCCUGGUUUGACCGAGAUAAUCCCGGUGGACUAGGAGACUAUGAGACGCUGUCGUUGACCCUGAUAAGAUACCCACUACAAGUCUGCGCUCAGCCCAUCGCCAUUGAGGUCGCAACCAUUAGUGGGACUCCUGUACUGCCAACUGGAAACAAUUUUCAAGUAUAUGAUCCAACACAGGGCUUUGCUUGUGUGAAUGCACAACAGAAUGGAGGGUGUCAGGACUACAAGGUCCGUUUCACAUGUCCAGUGAGUUUUUGCCAACCAAAGUGUGUAACCAGGUGGUUUGAUUCUGACAACCCUAAUACAAAUGGAGGUGAUUCUGAACUCGUAACUGUCCUCCUUGGUAUGUACCCUGGAGAAAUAUGUCCGAAUCCACUUGGAAUAGAGGCUCAGACCCUCUCUGGCCAGCCAGCGUCUCAAACUGGAAACGUCUUUCAAGUAUAUAAUCCAACAACUGGGGUUUCUUGCUUAAAUGCAAAUCAAGGAGGAGGGGUUUGUGCUGACUAUAAGGUGCGCUUCACCUGCCCAGAGGAUUGGUGUUCAAAAUGUAGGACACCCUGGUUUGACCGAGAUAAUCCCGGUGGACUAGGAGACUAUGAGACGCUGUCGUUACUCCUGAUAAGAUACCCACUACAGGUCUGCACUCAGCCCAUCGCCAUUGAGGUCACAACCAUUAGUGGGACUCCUGUACUGCCACCUGGAAACAUUUUUCAAGUAUAUGACCCAUUACAGGGCUUUGUGUGUGUGAAUGGGGCCUGUCAAGACUACAGGGUCCGCUUCACAUGUCCAUUGAGUUUCUGCAACACAACGUGUGUAACCAGGUGGUUUGAUUCUGACAACCCUAAUACAAAUGGAGGCGAUUCUGAACUCUUGACUGUUCUUCUCAGUGUGUACCAUGGGUACAUCUGUCCGAAUCCACUUGGAAUUGAGGCUCAGACCAUUUCUGGCCAGCCAGCGUAUCAAACUGGAAACAUCUUUCAAGUUUAUAAUCCGACAUCUGGGUUUUCCUGUGUAAACCAAGGAGGAGUGCUAUGUGCUGAUUAUAAGGUGCGCUUCACCUGCCCAGAGGAUUGGUGUUCAAAAUGUAGGACACCCUGGUUUGACCGAGAUAAUCCCGGUGGACUUGGAGACUAUGAGACGCUGUCGUUGACCCUGAUAACAUACCCACUACAGGUCUGCGCUCAGCCCAUCGCCAUUGAGGUCGCGACCAUUAGUGGGACUCCUGUACUGCCACCUGGAAACAAUUUUCAAGUAUUUGAUCCACUACAGGGCUUUGAAUGCGUGAAUAAUCAGCAGGGAGGAGGGGUCUGUCAGGACUACAAGGUCCGCUACACAUGUCUGAAAAGUUUCUGCAAGAUCCAAGUUCUCUCAAACCUCACAAUUGAGGCCGCAAACAUUCUAGACAAAUAUUAAGCUCUUGUGAAACUACGUUUUCAGUUUAAGUUUAGAUGUUAUGUUAAAUACAUUAAACAUUUGCAUUAUCCUUCCCUGUCUCAGCUUUUGUUGUUGUGAGUCAAGUUGUGUUGUGAAAUACUUUGUAAGAACAUUGGCGGAAACUGUUUGAGGCUCUGUUAUGAUGUCUGUGCAGGAGCCACGUUCUCUCAAACUCCUCAUUUGUAGUCACACACCCCUAAAACUACAUUUUAAAUACUGUAUUAUGUUAUACUAAGCUAAGUGCUAGAUUAAAUGAAAAAAAUAAAUGCAUAUUAAAUAAAUACAAAUACAAUAAACAUUUGCUUGCAUUACCCAUGCAUCCUAUCCUCAGGUCAUGUUAUGGUUGUGUUGUGAAAUGCUUUGUAAGAACAUUGGCGUAACUGAACAAUUCAAUUCAAGACUCUAUUCCUAUGAUGAUCCCUGCAUAUCAACAAACUUGUGUAGACUUCUUGU